AUGAGCAAUCGCAAGAGAUCGCGAUCCGUCGGGGAGGAGAAUCGCGCUGAGUGCCCUUUCACGAUUACUUACGCGACUGGCCCUGCGGCUACUCAGGCGGAUCGUCAAAAAAACAAGAAGCGGAAGCGCGACGGCCAAGAUGACGACAAACGGGUCCAGAUUCAAAUCUCCCCUUUCUCCCCAACGGGCAAUUUCAAAACGCACGAGAACAUGGACUUGUACUACACUGUCGAGCCAGGAAAACGAUGGCAAGAUAUGACGCGCUACAACAGCUUCGUCCUUAACAGUGUCAAGUAUUAUAGUGAAGGCUUUGUCAAUGUUGCCAACGAGGUAACGAUUGAACAACAAAAGGCUCAGGGUGACGGUAAGGGUAUUUACAAGAAGAGCAAUAAUGACUGGGUCGCGCGUAUCCUCGAGAUCCGUGCUUCCGAUGAGCACCACGUCUAUGCACGUGUUUAUUGGAUGUACUGGCCGGACGAACUCCCGUAUGGAACACUCGACGGUAAAAAGACCGUUCACGGCCGCCAGCCGUACCAUGGCAACAAUGAAUUGAUCGCUUCUAAUCAUAUGGACAUUAUCAAUGUUGUCAGUGUUACAGGACCCGUCACCGUCAACCAAUGGAUUGAGUCAGAUGACGAGGAGAUCCAAGACGCGCUUUAUUGGCGUCAAGCGUACGACUGCCGCAACAUGCAACUCUCGUCCGUUGAGCUCAUGUGUAAAUGUCAAACUCCUGCGAAUCCUGACAAGACCCUGAUUGGGUGCACGAGCCCGAGUUGCGGGAAGUGGAUGCAUCACGAAUGUAUGGCUCACGAAAUCCUCCUGCAAGUCUACGAGCGACUAGGAACAGAUAAGCCCCAUCGAACCGAGGGAUCGGCCGUUAAGGAGGAGAAGCCCGAGGAGGCGACGCGCCCUCUAUCGCCCACUGACGCGGGGGAGAAAGAGACACAACCUACGAUCGAUGUCCGCUCCGGCGAAACGAGUGAUAACGUCCACGUCAAAAAGACUGCUCGCGAAACACCUCGCGAAACAGAAACCCCUACACCUGGGCCAACGCCAUCCCGAUCUAUCACCACCGCAUCAGCUAAAGGAUCGGCCAAGAAAGGUCGCAAGAAGAAGGCUGCAGACUCCAAGCCAUACCUGGGACUUUUCGAAGCCACUCUCAAGAUGCAAGACGGCCCCACAGCAUGGGAGAUUCGUGACCUGCGCGAGAACGUAACGGGUGGUGACAAGACCUGGACCGAGAAGGCUCAUUGUCUGCUGUGCGGUUCCAGCAUUGACUAA